CGCGAUGUCAUUUCUUGGCUCGCAGAAAACAGUGACGAUGAGCAUCUGAAGAAGGUCAAACAAACGGCAGAGCAGCAUGCCUUGAGAAUGGAAGUCACCUCCCGUUCCGUCAACGAUGAAAGCGCCUUAUUCGAUGAUGAUGACGGAGAUGAUGAACAAAUUGUGAUGCAUCGUAGUGGAGGUGCUCAGGCCGAGAAGGAAACGUCGAAGCAGAGGUCGCUCUCGCUUGCAAAAGUCAAGCCACAAUUCGAAGGCAUUCGGGUCACGGCAGCCGGUCAUCGUAUUCAAGAUGUCAAGGAGCUGAUGAGCGUUCCUGUUAUCGUGACUGCUGAUUUGACCAAGAGUCCGCCGGUUAUCAAAGUUUAUGCUUGUAAUCCGUUUGCGAAGGAAGGGAAACCCUAA